AUGGAGUCCGUGGUGUUGACCAUCCUCUUUCCCUUGCUGGGGACUGCCCCAGUCUCAAUUCAGGCCAGCGGGGGCUCACACUCCCUGCGGUAUUUCACCACUGUCUUGUAUGAUCCUGGCUACCGCAAAUCUCGGUUCACCAUCGUGUGCUACGUGGACAACACAGAGAUCCUGAGCUUCGACAGCGACUUGGCGAGUCAGAGGGUGGAACCGCGGGUGCCAUUUAUAGCUCAGGACCCUGAGCAUUUGGAGGAGCUAACGCGCAUUAGCAGAGAGAUCUUAAUACUUAGCCGAAUCGAACUGUGGACCCUGUUGGGCCAGAGAGAGAAUGAUCCCCCCAAAGCAAAUGUGACCCAUCACCCUACACUUGAAGGUGAUGUCACCCUGAGGUGCUGGGCCCUGGAUUUCUACCCUGCUGACAUCAUCUUGACCUGGCAGAGGGAUGAGGAGGACCUGACCCAGGACAUGGAACUUGUGGAGACCAGACCUUCAGGGGAUGGAACCUUCCAGAAGUGGGCAGCUGUGGUGGUGCCUUCAGGAGAAGAGCAUAGAUACACAUGCCAUGUGCAACACGAGGGGCUGCCUGAACCUCUCAUCUUGAAAUGGGGUAAAGAGGGUGUGUGUGGGCACAGAGUCUGUCCUUGGGAAAGCAGGAGCUCUUCUGCAGACCUUGAGCAUGUCCCUCACUUCUAUCCUCCUCUCCCCUCUCUCUGCCAGAGCCGCCUCUCUCUCCCACCACCCCCAUCACGGGGAUCACUGCUGGUCUGCUUCUCCUUGGAGUUUUGCUCAUUGCAGCUGUGGCUGCCAUUGUGAUGAGGAGGAAGCGUGCAGGGUCUCACACUGCACCCCAGGCUGGGCUGGAACUCACUAUGUAGUUGUGAUGGCUAAUCUUCUUUGUCAGCUUGACUGGAUCUAGAAUUGUGACUCUCCUACAGCUGAAGGCUGACUCUAUCAGACCCUGCCUUGCCACAGAUAGCCAUGCCUCUCUGCCCACCUCCUGCUAAUUACCCUGCCUCUCUGCAAGUUCCAGUUAUGUAGGAAGUCCCUCCUCCAGAGACUGAAGAUGAAGCUGCUGAUUGGGCCAAGUUGCUGAUGAACUUGGGGGAGGGGUUUUGCUUUACCUAUCUACCUGUUUGUUUGUAACAAAGAGAUUUCAAUGAAUGAUGGCAGACUGAAAGCACACCAUGUGUUGGUCUAAUUUUUUCAAGCCCUUCCACAUUUCCAGUACCUUUAAUUUUCAGGCCCUUGACUCCCAUUUCAGGUGACCCAUUCAUAUGAGUGGCUGCAGGCAGCCACAUAGAAUCUCCCAGGACUUGCAAUUCUGGAAAUGUCUAUGACGCCUCCAGAGAUUAAUUGAGUAAAAGAGAAGUUGCUUGGAUGUGGGUCACACCAUCCCAGACCGAAGACCUGGGAGGAAGAGGAGGAAGCCAGGUGAGAGCCAGCGUCCCCACACUCUACUCCUGAUACAUGGAGAAGAGAGUCAUCCCAGACACAUGCUCCAGCUCCCUGAACUCCACCAUGUCUUUCCUGCCAGGAUGGGAUGUAGCUUCUUACAUUAAAAACCAAAGCAAACUCCUUGCUUCUUUCAGA